CUCCUCGGGAAAUCGAUUUCUUGAUCUGCGGAGACUGGUGCGAGUGAGCGCGAGCGCGUAAUUGUGCGGAGGGCGGGGGAGCGCGCGACAGACAUCCCGCGGGUGGAAGCGCCUUUUCCUCACACAAAUCGAACAAGUGAGAAACUGUUGCUUCUUGGCGAUGUCUUAACAAAAAAUAUUGCCACAUUCUACUUUUAAUUAGUAAUUUGGUCACUAAAGAAUUUCGCAAGCGCCAGUAGUUAUCCCUAAAUAGAAGUAGCCUAAGCGUAUUUAACUGUCUUGAAGAGGCAGAAAGGGUUGGAAAGAAGCAGCAAAGCAAAAAGGAGAAGACGGAAAAUAUUUCAAUCUGACAACAGACACAGCAGAGUGACCGUUAAAUAAAACCCCGAAGGCGCGAGAUUCUCUGACAUAUUCUGAGCUGUUCGCGCACGAGAGAGGAGCUGCCGUGUCUCGCGGAGUUACCCGUCCAUUUCAACUUAUUAGUGAGAAACAUGUCAAGAUGCUAAAGGAGGUUGAUCUUGGAACCUGAAUAUUAUUCUGCCGAACUUUGAUGAAGACCAGCGGGAACUGAAAAUCACCCAGAGUGCUAGUUCAUUCUGGCCGGGCCUGUUUCUUCUAAAGGGGAGGAGGACUUCCUCUCUAUCGCUGCCUCGCGCCUCAGCCGCAGGAAGCGCGUUAUUGGCGCAGCAGUGGGCGUGGCCAUGGUGCUGGUGCUACUGGUCGCUAUUCCGCUAUUGGUCCACAGCACCAAAUUGGGUGGGUCUGGAGGUGGAGGUACGCAUUAUGAGAUGCUUGGAAGCUGCAAGAUGGUCUGUGACUCUUUAACGCCCACCAAUGAACUAACACCUGUUUCGCCUCCUCCUCCCGACACCCCUGGACGCAGAGGAGGAGGCAAGUCAGGUUUUCGUGGAAACCAAGGGCCAGCAGGCCCCCCGGGUCCACGUGGGCCACCUGGAGAACCAGGAAAGCCAGGUCCACCUGGACCUCCAGGUCCAGGCCCAGGGGGAUACAUCCCAUCAUUCUACAGCCCCAAAAUUGCCUUCUAUGCUGGUCUGCGCAAGCAACAUGAGGGGAGCGAGAUACUCAAGUUUGAUGAUGUGGUGACAAAUGUAGGGAAUUACUAUGAGCCUACCACAGGCAAGUUCACCUGCCCUCUUCCUGGAAUCUACUUCUUUACCUAUCACGUGCUCAUGAGGGGUGGAGAUGGAACUAGCAUGUGGGCUGACCUCAAGAAGAAUGGACAGGUGAGGGCCAGUGCAAUUGCUCAGGACGCCGAUCAGAAUUAUGACUACGCCUCUAACAGUGUGAUCCUGCAUUUAGAUGUGGGAGAUGAAGUCUGCGUGCAGCUGGAUGGCGGCAAAGUGCAUGGAGGAAACACCAACAAAUACAGCACAUUCAGCGGCUUUCUCAUCUACCCCGAUUAACAAAUACACCAAAUAUACAAAAAUAUAAAUAUACGAUCACAUAUUUAACACCAUCACAUCAGACCGAGUAAUAGACAACAACAAUCUGAUACAAGCGAUACAACAUGAUAUAACCUCAAGAGAAAAAAAAAAUUCAAAUUAACCUUCAGUUACCCGUUUUAUUUAAAACAGCAUAUUUAAAGAGAAAAAUAUAUGCUGGCACUUAAUUUUGUCCACUGGCAAUUGACUUGACUCUACUUCCAUAAAAAAAUUUGUUUUACGCAUAAGCCUCAGUAAAUUUAAAUUCAAGUGAGAAAAAAGUAUUAUGACAACGAGCAUUCUCUAACAAACAACAACAACCAAAAAAAGAAUGGCAAAAUAAAUACUAAUUUAAAAAAAGUAAAAACAGUGUAACUACCUGCAAAAAUGGUUCUUGAUAAGAAAAUACUAUUUGGCUUAUUUUAAGCUUAUUUUGGAGAUGAUGCAAAUUAUUAGAAUUGGAUUGAAGGAUUAUGUGUAGACAAACUUAUUCUUUAAAAUAAUGGUCACAGAUUAAUUUAACACAAUAACACAAUGAAAUCGAAAUAAGAAAGUAAAUAUGAUUUAUUCAGAUUUGAUUUGACACUUGGUAUUGACUUGUAUUGCUAACAGCCAUCUUGGUCUGAUCACGGUGUAUUUGCUACCUUUAAUGCAAUUCCCUUUGAGAAACUUGAGAAAUAUGUAGAAUGGGUCUUUGUUGUUUUUAAUUUUGUUUUUUUUUUUGAGCCCACCAAUGGUGAGCAAAAUAUGAAUUAGAAUUUUUUUAAUGUAAAUUCCCUAAAUCACAGUGUCAGGCUCUUUUCCAAUUAACACCAUUACAAUAUGUUGUGUGCAAUGCUCAUCCAUUAGGGUAAAAAGAGAACUACCUGCAAUCAUCUUCUUGUAUUUUACUAGAUUACCAUUCUCCCUCUGCACCAUAUGUAUGUAUGUGCAUAACUUGGAAAAGACUGUAUGCAUAUCACGGCAUGGAAACUGUAUGUUUUAGCCUUUAUGUCUACUAAGUAUGUACACAGUGUUUAUACUGGAGGAACUUUGAGAUUAUUGUGAAAUUAUAAAUUAUAAUUAUACCUCUCUGUAAUGCCACAAAACAUUCUUUAGGAUUGGUUAGUGGACUAAACAUUUAAAGUGACCUGAUCCAUCUGUAAUCUGAAGACAUCCAGUUUAUCUGUGUGGGUGUGUGUGUGUGUGUGUGUGUGUGUGUGUGUGUGUGUGUGCGCGAGUGCAUGUGCGUGUGCGCGUGUGUAUGUGUGUGUGCAUGUAUCAGCAAUGUAUGUGAUACACAUGUGUGUCCAUAUCAGUAUAAAGUGUAAGAAAAUUUGCUUCUAAAUAUUUGACUUGUAGAUUGAUUGCUGUUGUAAAGCCUUGCAGUUGUGUAAUUAAUCAUUAUUAUAGACUUUUAUUCUGGCAUGUUAAAGACUACAUGCUGUAAAUAAAAAAAUAAAAAUAAACAAA